AUGUCGGACUCUGAAGCGGAAACGCUCCUCCUCCCCACCGGGUGCCCCUUGUGCGAGAAGGCGGAGCAUCUGCGUCGUUGCUCGGGAUGCAGGAUCCUCCAAUACUGCGGCCAAGACCAUCAACGUCAGCACUGGCCGGAGCAUAAAUCGGCCUGCAAUGGUGUUCGGCAGGCUCGCAAAUCUGUGGAAGCUUCCAAACAAGCUCUGAUCAACAACCCGGUUUUUAAGGACGACGACCCUUUCGUGAAUCACAUUGGCAAUUUCUGGAAAAUUCGCGAGACCCGCCCGUACAUGACGGAAAUGUCGAAAUUCAGCCAGAAAAUAAGAAUGAUCCGCCAUGCGGACGCCGUGCAGGCUGAAUUAGACACUUACAUGGAGAUCCUACGUCUCUGCCCGGGCGACAACAUGGGCGUCCGCGGGUCAGUUCCGGGUGCGUUGCUGCGUUUGAACAGAGACCAGGACUGCUAUGACUUUAUCAAAUGGUAUGAAACGCUCGACUGGAAUAGUGACUACGUGACCAACUUCCUCAACAUUAAGAAUGCGGACGUCUUUGAACCCGUCGAUUUCGUUCGCAAGAAUUUCGGCCUGACACAACGAGUCUGCUUGAUUCUACUGAAAAUCAAGCUUUUGAUCGAAAUCCUCAAACUCCAGAACAUGGACGGUUACCUCGAUCAAGCGAAAGCUGAUUAUCAGGCCAAUGGAGACAAGGAGGCCCCUCCGCCGGAGCUUCUCAAUGCGUACCUCAAAGAGCACCGAAACAAGGCUAUAACCAGCCAAGCUCUUCGUGCCCGAGACGACCUCGUGAAUGGUCAAGAGCUUUCAAAUCAGAUCGACACCCUGAAGAAACAGAUCGACGAGCUGUACGAUAUUAUUGACGAGCAAAAUAAGCACAUGUGGCCUGCUAUGAGCAAUCCUGAAGAAGCAUUAAAUCGGGGGCCCGCAGGCGCGUUUAUGUUGGGAUCGGAUGAAGAGAUGCGGAUUACUUUGAACGAGACUAUCCUUGCCUGGCUUGAGACCCCUGGUGCAAUUCAAUUCAUCAAUUUCAAGAUUCACGGGAGGCUGGAUGAACUUCUCUGA